AUGUCAAACAAGAUUCCGCCUCUUUUGGAGCAGCAUCUCGCGCUACCCAGAGAGGCAUCCCUCACCAUCUUGGCAAAUACCCUCGGGGCAUCAUCAAAUUGGCUUGUUCUACGCUACCUUUACUCAAUACUAUUACAGCCGGGAAGAGGAGCGGAUGCCGGCCUGGGUGAGGCAGAGGCCGGUCCCGGGGUUGUUUUUCUGAGCUUCAUGAGAGACUUGGCUUUUUGGAGAGAGGGUGCAAGUAGAAUGGGCUUGGACUUGGACACCCUGAGCAGAGCCGGCAGAUUCAGCUUUGUGGAUGGCCUGACAGGCUUGCUCUCGGGGGGUCGGGGCUCGGAGUCUACGGCAGACAGAGGAAGAGUCCUCUUGAGUGGGAAGCCAGACGACGUGAGGAGGACCUUGGAGGCAGCAAUCGCCGACGUGAGAUCAAGCGGCCCCAAGAUCUUAAUCAUCGACCAGCUGGAUGAGCUGCUGGCGAUAUUUGGAGACGAGGAUGUGACUGGGCCGGCUUUGGAGGGAAUGCUAUUGUCUUUGAGAGAGCGUGUUCACGCAACUGUCCUUUCCUUUUCCGUGGAUGACGCUCUUCUACGCAGCCAGGGGACGACACUCGAGCGCUCUCACGCGGCGCUGGUGCUCGCCCAAGCACAUGCCGCAGACGUGAUUCUCAGCCUUCGAAUGCUGGACACGGGCGUGGCCAAGGAUGUGAGCGGCGUGGUGAGAGUCACUGAACGCGACAGGGCAGAGGCGGGUGCCGAGUAUCUGUACCAUGUUGGGGCAGAUGGAAACGUCAAGGUUUUCGAGAGGGGUGCUUAG